AUGUUCCGGCAGGCAUUGCGCGGCUUUAUCAUCGUUACUCAACGCUUGCAAAAACUAUCUCGAAGCGUCGAGCCUCGUUCCAGCAUGGUAUCCCAACAGCCGAUGAGAGAAGUCUACCGUGACUUCCGUUCUCAAGCCAUCAAAGCUGCCGGCCAUGCCUGGCUCUCUGGCCAGAUCCCCGCGGAUUCGCAGGGCAAUCUUAUCACCGGGUCUGUGACAGAGAAGACGCAAGCUAUCAUCAGAAAUACAGAAGCGAUUCUCAAGGAAGCCAGAUCUAGCCUGGACAGAGUUGUUAAGGUUGUGGUGUAUAUCAAAGACGCGAGCAUCAUGCCGGAAUUCUCCAAAGUGUACGACCCAGUCUUCCCUCAUAAGCCUGCUCAGUCCAUGGCGGAGGUGUCUAAACUUCCUGCCGGAGUGGAUAUUCAGGUUGACUUUAUUGCUGUUGUAUAGCUUUUAGACUAUGUACAUGUAGCGUUGUUCUCAAGGCAUGGGCUUGCGCACUGCUGAAACAU